AUGACUCAACCCAACCCCUACGUUCUCGCCGCAGACAACCCGGCCGCCGUUCUGGCCCUCCUCCAGUCCAACCCUUCGAUUGCUUCCAACCAAGACGAACAUGGAUACUCUCUGCUACAUGCUGCAGCUUCAUACGGACACAUUGACCUCCUCCGCGCUCUUGUACAACAAUACAAUGUGAAUGUCAAUCUGCUAGACGAGGACGGGGAAACCUGCCUCUUCGUGACGGAAAACCUCGACAUCGCCAAAUGUCUUGUUGAGGAGCUCGGAGUUGAUUAUAACAUCAAGAAUGAUGAGGGCUUCACGGCUCAAGAAUCCAUCGAGAGCGACGGCUCUUUCCCUCAGAUUGCCGCCUACCUGCGACAAGUGGCUGGUAUACCCGGUACAGUCGCCGAUGGCUUGUCCGCUGCCGACGCCUUGAACCCUGCUCCGCCCUUGCCUCCGAACAUUCAGGUGAACCUAGGGACAGUAUCAGAGCAGGAAGCGAACGCUGGGACCAACGAGGUGGAUCCCGAAUUCAAGAGACGCAUUGACGAGCUUGCUGCUCGGGAGGACUUCCACAGCGAGGCGACUCAGAAUCAGCUUCGGCAGCUGGUCAUGGAUGCCAUUCAAGGGUCAGAUAUCGAUACGCAAGACAGCAAUGUGCGAAGGAGGUUAGAAUAA